CUACAAGCUGGCGCCCCUUCCAUUACAAACACCGAAUUACCAUACACCUUUCCUUCCAACAACCUCAACUCAUCGAUUAGACCAGACGAGUCUCUUCGAUACAUCAAGCCUUCACUUCCUGUCAUAGCAGCGUUAGAAACAGCUGCAGGUACGAUGGGAAAUCAACAGUCCGGGCUCGGAGGAGCUGGUCAAGGCGGAGACAACAAAGAUGAGAAGGACAAGAAGAAGGAGAAGCCCAAGUACGAGCCACCACCACGGCCAACAACUAGAAUCGGUCGCAAGAAGCGCAAGGCGGCUGGCCCAAAUGCCUCUGCCAAACUCCCUGCCGUCUAUCCUACCUCACGAUGCAAGCUGAGAUAUCUUCGAAUGCAACGAAUUCACGAUCAUCUGCUUCUGGAAGAAGAAUACGUUGAGAAUCAAGAACGGUUACGAAAGGCAAAAGCUGCGAAGGAAGGAGGAGCCCCAGUAUCUGCCGCCAGUGAUCCGGAGGCUCAGGACAGAAAUGCCGAUGAGCGUGGCAGAGUUGAUGAUAUGAGAGGUAGUCCGAUGGGUGUAGGAACCUUGGAGGAAAUGAUUGAUGAUGAUCAUGCGAUUGUCUCCAGCACAACCGGCCCCGAAUACUACGUGUCCAUCAUGUCUUUCGUCGAUAAGGAUCUGUUGGAACCCGGUGCGAGCGUCUUACUUCAUCACAAGUCUGUGUCCAUCGUUGGUGUUCUUACCGAUGAUGCGGAUCCUCUGGUUACGGUGAUGAAGCUGGAUAAGGCCCCAACCGAGUCGUAUGCGGAUAUCGGUGGUCUGGAGUCGCAGAUUCAGGAAGUCCGGGAGUCGGUCGAAUUACCACUUCUACACCCAGAGCUGUAUGAGGAGAUGGGUAUCAAGCCUCCGAAGGGUGUUAUUCUCUACGGAGCGCCUGGUACAGGAAAGACUCUGCUCGCAAAGGCAGUUGCAAACCAAACAAGUGCGACUUUCUUGCGUAUCGUGGGUAGUGAGUUGAUUCAGAAGUACUUGGGUGAUGGGCCACGGCUUGUCAGACAACUCUUCCAGGUCGCUGCAGAGAACGCUCCUUCGAUUGUAUUCAUUGACGAAAUCGAUGCAAUUGGUACCAAGCGAUACGAGUCUACAUCUGGAGGAGAGAAGGAGGUUCAAAGAACCAUGUUGGAGCUUUUGAAUCAACUGGAUGGUUUCGAUGACCGAGGAGACGUGAAGGUGAUUAUGGCCACAAACAAGAUCGACACUCUCGACCCUGCGCUCAUCCGUCCCGGACGUAUCGACCGAAAGAUCCUCUUCGAGAACCCGGAUCAAGUCACCAAGCGCAAGAUUUUCACUCUACACACAUCCAAGAUGUCUCUGAACGAAGAUGUUGAUUUGGAGGAGUUCAUCAACCAAAAGGACGAUCUCUCCGGUGCGGAUAUCAAGGCUAUUUGCUCUGAGGCUGGUCUGAUGGCUUUGAGAGAGCGCAGAAUGCGUGUCCAGAUGGCGGAUUUCAGAGCUGCUAGAGAGCGUGUCUUGAAGACGAAGACUGAGGGCGAGCCGGAGGGAUUGUACUUGUAAGGGAGCAUGUGGUAGAUGGAUGGAAUGGAGGAUAGAGCGAUUACUUCUCUUCGUGGAACUUGUAUUCUAGAGAGGAUCGUAAUACAUCACAGAUGAUGAUUUACUAGCUUUUGCUCAAUCAAUCUUUCACCUGUUCGCAUGUGCAAUGAGACAGACGACUCUGGCUGUUACGACUUUGCCAUGAUCCGUCUAGCGAUUUCUCCUGGAUGUGCAUAUAGCUAUGGUGGGUUUCUCAUGGCACGAUGAAGACGAGCACCACUCAAAAACUGACCCUUGUUUUACUUAUUUUUGGAUAAUCCAAGCUCUCCAAAUUCAUGUAAAGAGGAGAGUUAGGUGCUCCUCCUUUUUCUUCCUAACACUUUUUUCACGUCUUACAUCAUCAAGCUAAUCAGUCAUUCAAAUGACCAAUUAGUUUGCUAGCUGUAAAUUGCUAUGGCAGAAAAUGCAGAAGAAUGAGAAAAGAACUUGGAUAGUUCCUAGAUUGAGGGAGUGAGUUCUAAAUACCUAGCACUUGAGACGAUUAGAGACUUGUAGUGGAAGAAAGAUGUAAGGUAAGUGAGUUGGGUAGCUCGUAGGAAGUGGAAGUGGCACUUCGGCCCCGUAUUUAUUCUUCCUCGCUUACCAGAGGACAAACGCACGCACUACUUCGGGAGAGAAGAAAAAUAAAAACACUCGCACAGUGUCUACCAACCACAACUCAGCCUCGGACGGGAGAACGCAUAAGCAAUGAUGUCAGAUAUACCAAAAUACACAUAUCUUCAGGGGAAAAUAUAGAACCAAAACCAGAGGUCUCGCUGGACCAAAUUUCGUCCCACUUCUCCCACACCCACGACAAAAAUAAUCACAAAAAUUAAAAAAAAAGAAUAGAAGCUCUUCUCAACGAAGAACCUCGGGAAUUGAGCCCGAGGUGGGGCUCGAACCCACGACCUUGAGGUGUCCAGAUGAUGAUGUAUAUCUCAUAAGAGCCACACGCUCUACCGAUUGAGCUACCCGGGCAGGGUAGAUGUUUUUGUGAUUUGAUGGAGGGAAAGUGCUUAUUUGGGUAGAUUACAGGAAGUGUGGUUUCGGAGUGGGGUGGCUUGGAUUGGGGUGGAGAACCUGGUGUGGAUGUGGAUGGAUGUGGAUGGGAAAGGGGGGGAGGUGGAUGCGGGUGGUGAAAAUUUUUUGAGGGAAGAGUUUUAGGGGGG